CCCGCGUUGCGGAGGAUGCUGCCACUGAGGAAGAUGGCGAAUGUUUGGAGGAUGGCGAUUUACUGCAGAAGCUGAUAAAGGGAAUGAGAAUUAGAGACGUCAAAAGAUAGAAAACCAACAAAAGAAUACGUGCAGAAUUGCGAAAGAAUGUCCCGCUCCUCAGACAGUGAGGAUGGAUACUUUGUUGCCAUGGAUACAGAGGAAGAUGGUGCAGGAGCAGGGCCUGUUGGAAUGGCACAGGGGGAAGAAGAGAAGAUGGGGACCAGCAGAGAAGAGAGGGACCUAGAGGGCUUCGAUGAGGGUGAGAGGAGAAUGGUGGAGCUGCCGGAGGAAGUCCUAGAAUACAUCCUGUCCUUCCUUUCACCUUACCAGGAGCACAAGACCGCUGCACUGGUGUGUAAACAGUGGUACCGCCUUAUCAAAGGUGUUGCAUAUCAGUGUUACCAUGGUUUUCUGCGGGCCGUCCAGGAUGGCAACAUCCAAUGGGAGAGUCGAACAUACCCAUAUCCUGGAACACCCAUCACUCAACGCUUCUCACACAGUGCAUGCUACUAUGACUCCAACCAGUCCAUGUAUGUGUUUGGGGGCUGCACUCAGAGUAGCUGCAACGCUGCCUUCAAUGACCUGUGGAGACUUGACCUCAACAGCAAGGAGUGGAUCCGCCCUUUAGCCUCAGGCUCCUAUCCGUCUCCUAAAGCGGGGGCUACCCUGGUGAUGUACAAAGACCUGCUGGUGCUGUUUGGUGGAUGGACUCGCCCCAGCCCCUACCCACUGCAUCAGCCAGAGAGAUUCUUUGACGAGAUCCACACAUACUCCCCCUCCAAAAACUGGUGGAACUGCAUCGUGACGACUCACGGACCCCCGCCCAUGGCCGGUCACUCCUCCUCUGUCAUAGGGAGCACCAUGGUGGUGUUUGGAGGGUCACUAGGGGCGCGCCAAAUGAGUAACGAGGUGUGGGUUCUGGAUCUGGAACAAUGGUCCUGGUCCAAGCCCACCAUCUCUGGCCCAUCCCCCCACCCUCGAGGAGGCCAGUCUCAGAUUGUGAUUGGCAACGAGACUCUGCUUAUUCUGGGAGGCUGUGGAGGCCCUAAUGCGCUGCUGAAGGAUGCCUGGCUCCUGCACAUGGGUGCCCCACCCUGGACGUGGCAGCAGCUGAGGGUGGAGAACGAUGACCAUGGAGCCCCAGAGCUGUGGUGCCACCCCGCCUGCAGGGUUGGGCAGUGUGUGGUGGUGUUCUCCCAGGCUCCGUCUGGCCGUGCGCCCCUCAGCCCCAGCCUGAACUCUCGGCCCUCACCCAUCAGUGCCUCGCCCGGUCCCCUGGGCACAGAGCCCCCCUCCCUGCGCUCCUAUUCCCCUGUGAGGAGCGGAGCCGCCGGGGUCGUCCUAGGGGCCGUUGAGGAGGCCCCCUGUGUGAACGGCCGCUGGGGCACGCUGAGACCCCGUCCCUCGGCUAGAGGGGGUGCCAGAGAGGGUAGCCCCGGCUCCUCCUCUCAGCAGCCAUCCCCCUCCCAGGGGCCUGACAGCCCGCCUCUGCCCGCCCUCCAUCCACUACUCAACGGCUCGUCCCCCUCUCCCCGGACCAGCCCUGCCCAGGCUGCCUCCCCGCCCUCUCACCCCCCUGUCUCGUCAGACUACGGCUGGGAGUCUCCCCCUUCUGCCACCCACUCCCUUUCUGCUGAGGUACCCAGCACUAAUGGAGUGCACACACCUCCCCCUGGCCCUGGCUCCCCACGCACUCCACCGGGGGCAGUGUCCCCCGCUGCCCUGAGACGGGGCCUGGAGGCUGUCAAAAACCUGUCUUCUUCAUCCGUGCCAUCUUCAUCGUCCUCAAAUCCAUUGUCUCAAGGGGCUGCUACAGGAGUAAGUGGAAGCGGGGGAGGAGGGGCUUCAGCGGGAACCUCCCCCUCCUCAUCCUCCAGCCCACCACAGGUUGCCGCUGACGGACACACCAUCCCGCCAAUCGCACGCCGGCUUGGCCACCACCCGCCCCAGAGCCUGAAUGUGGGCAAGCCCCUGUACCAGUCACUCAACUGCAAGCCCAUGCAGAUGUAUGUACUGGACGUGUCCCGAGCCAAAGCGGACGGUCUUGUCUCCUGGAGAGUUUACGGUAACGGCACCCCCGCCGCCGUCACGGGCCCCCCAGAGACGAGCCUUCACACAGUGGUCCAGGGGAGGGGCGAGCUCAUCAUUUUCGGGGGCUUGAUGGACAAGAAGCAGAACGUGAAGUACUACCCUAAAACCAACGCCUUGUACUUUGUGCGCGCUAAGAGGUAAUGCAACGACGGACAGGGUCGUGAGUGACGCCAGAGAGCGUUGCUAGGUAACGGACGAUCAAUUUUCCAUCCUGACCCAUACAAGGGAAGUGAAACAAGGUAUUUUUCUUCUACCGAAGAGGAUCAUGGGAAAAGAACAUGUCAUACUAAUUCUUGGCGUUUCUCUCCUCUCACACCAACUUCUCUCCCUCUACCCCCCCUCCCCUUCUUCCUAUUGCAUAACUUCAAAGAACAUAAUAUUUCAGACAGUACAUUUUAAGGACGUUGAGGGUGUUGUUGCUAUGACGGUGACGAUUGGAUGAAUGGGUUUCCUGACAUCCUAACACCUGCAGAGAGUGUGUGUGUGUGUGUGUGUGUGUGUGAGUGAGUGAGUGAGAUGAAGGUUGGCCAAAUGGCCUGAGAGGAUAGCAGUUUUUCAUUGAUCCCAAAAGAUGUAGACAGUUUCUGUUCCUCUUCGGUCUCCCCACUUUGCACUCACUGAGAGAGAGAGAGAAAAGAAAAUGGUUGACCGAGCCUUGUGCUUAAGAGGGAGGAACAGUUGACGGCUGACUACUUUGCUUUUUUAUCACUCUUUCAGCCUGCAUCGUUUACAUUGAAAACUGUGUGAGUGUGAAAGCGUUGAUGUUGGGUGAGUGCGUAUUGUAUGUUGAUUGAUGUUUAGGUGAGGGAUGUUGGAAUGUACUGUAAGCAUAGUAAAACAAUAAAGGCCUCAAUGUCUUAACUGUCA